UCGAGUAAACAAUUUUUCAGAAUCAAGGCCGAGGUUCAAAUGCUUUCAGUAAUGUGCAUGCGGCAAUCUUAAACAAAAUCGAAUAUUCCGAUAUAAAAUCUAUGCAAACCCUCAGAGUCACGCAUUCCCAUUUUGCAAUCUGCGGAUUCAAAAAAUCUAGAAUGGGAGUCUACAGUAUACUCUUCCUCGCUGCAGGUCUCUUCGUAGGUGCACUCGCCAUUGAUUGCAACAAGAAUCUUUUGCCCGAUCUGAGCUACAAACUAAGCGGUACUGAACUUGCGUUUCCCUGCAAGAGCACUGAGAACAUCUACAAACAGACUGGAAGAUACAUACCCAAGAAUGUAAUCGCCACCAGACUGCAAGUCUACCAGGACAAUGCCAUUGUAGCACUCCCAAGAUACAAGCAUGGUGUGCCAUACACCCUAGCCAAAUUCUCAUUGAAAUCCAAAGGUUGCAAAGCUAUCCUCGAACCCUUCCCUUGCUGGUCCAUCCAAGAAGAAGGUAACUGCGAAGCUCUGCAAAACGUUAUCGAUAUUGUUCUGGAUCCCAACGAUAUCCUAUGGGUUUUGGACUUGGGUAUCUGCAACACUCUGGAACAACCUAUCCGUCGUUGUCCACCAAAGAUUGUCGCCAUCAAUGCUGCCACAGGAAUAGUUGUAAAGGUUGUUGACUUGAGUCCUUUCAUCCUUCCAGAAAGCAGGCCACAAUACAUCUUGGUAGACUACGCUCCUGAUGGCACAGCUUUCGUUUAUGUUUCCGAUGCUGGAACUGGCUCCAUACUCGUCUACAACGUGUCUCUUGCUAAAGUAUUCAGAGUGGUUCUCCCCGCAGCCGCAGUACCUGAAAGCAAAGAUGUCCUCUACAUUGCUCUAGCAAGGAAAUCAUGUGGAAAUGUGAUCUAUCUUACCUACCUCUCAUCUCCCAAACUUUUCUCCAUCAGAACUGAACUGAUCUAUCAAGGACAAGCUAAUGGAUGUGUUGUGGAAGCUGGUGUGAAUCCCCCAGGUACCAAAAUCGUCAUGUUGGGAACUGACAACGGUGCCGCCAUCUUCUUCAGAUACAAGGGUGAAUCUGAUAUCUUCAUCUGGAACUCAGAGACAACCUUCAAACCUGAGAACUUUCUUCUAGUCCAAAAGGGUGGUGAUUGCAGAUUGUCCACCCAAGUUGUACCUGGUUACAAGAGGCUGAUGUGGGCUCUAGAAAGUAACUUCUACGAUUACAUCGCCAACACGGUUGGAUGUCUUGGAGCCUCCAUGUACGUGCAACCCCUCAUCAAGACUUGCGAGUAAAUGGGCGAAUAUUUCGCUGAUAAACUGUGAUCUCUUUUAUUUUAUUAAACAUGAAUGAAAUUAA